GGAAAUGUAAUUUUUUUAUAUUCCCUAAGCGUAUAUGCUAGUUCUGUGUUAUUUGCUUGUAAUUUAAGUGUUGGGGGAUACAAUGGAAAAGAUCAGAAGAUAUAUUAAAGAUAGGACUGUCGAGCUUGUUCGUGUUGAAUUGGAAGAUCUAAAUGGCUUAUCCAGAGGAAUUAUUUUAGAGGCAGAAUACUUCUUGAAAAAAGUGGAAGAGGGAGUUCCUCUAUGCACAUCGAUAUUGUCUUUAACCACCGACGGUGAACUUGUAAAAAAUACAGAUAUUCCCGAGGAAAAUAAUGAGUACUCGAACGGGUUUUUGUAUCCCGAUGUAGAGACAUUUAAAAUUCUACCGUGGUUAAAAAACUCUGCUUCCGUUUUAGUGGAUUUUCGCCUCAACAGUAAUGACAGAAGCAGUCCAGUGUUUCCAAUUAGUCCCAGAGUAGUCUGCAAGAAGCAAAUAAAGAAGUUGGAAGAAAUGGGCUUUGAGUUCUAUGGUGCUUUUGAGUUCGAGUAUUAUCUGCUAAAUCAGACAACUAAGAAAGCCAUCAGCGAUACUGCAGCAUAUUGUGUUACAUCUGAAAAUUCAAAGUACGAAGGAAUGGUCAGUGAUUUAAUGCAAAAUUUGAGGAAAAUGGGUAUCAGGUCAGAAACAUUUCAUACAGAGUUAUCACCUGGUCAGCAAGAGCUAACAUUAGCCCCUACGUUUGGAAUCUCUUGCGCAGAUACUGCUUUCAGGUUUCGACAUCUUGUUAAAGAAAUUGCUAGUAAGCAUGGUUACUUAGCAACGUUUUUGUCUAAGCCGUUUCUUUCAGGUAGCGGAUCCUCUGGUCAUUUUAAUCACUCCAUAUGGAGUAUGAACAGUACAAAGAAUCUAUUUUCCAAUUUGGAAAGUCCCAACAAACUUUCUAAAUUAGCAGAACAAUGGCUUGCUGGGUUAAUUUGUCAUUCGAAAUCGCUUAUAGCAUUAGCAUGUCCCACACCAAACUGCUUUCAGAGGUUGACACCAGGGGCAUUUUCACCCUGUAACCUUGCAUGGGGCUAUGAUAAUCGGACGGUUACCUACCGAGUUAAAAACUACAGCGCAUCUCAAACAUACAUUGAGAACAGAAUGCCGGGUGCAGCAGUGAAUCCUUACCUUAUUAUGGCGGGAACUAUCAUGGCUGGUAUGGACGGUAUUAGACGGAAGUUGAAAUUGCCAUUUGGUCCUUGUACUGGUAAUAACGAAAUUGGUGGUAGUGAAAUAGAGCAACUUCCGCAAUCCUUGAAUGAUGCAUUGGAUCAUUUCCGCGGAGACGAAUUAUUCAAGAAAGAAUUUGGAGAAGAUUUUAUGAAGUUUUUUAUCGCAAUGAAGAAGAAGGAAAUUUUAAUUUCAAAAGAAUUCGAACAAGAUAAAGAUUUAGGGGCACAGUAUAGAGAGCGCUACAGUGAAUUGAUUUAAAGAACUUCUAGAUAAACUAGACUACACUAUUUUUUCACUAUGGUCUGGAAAACAAAAAGUUUCAGUCUAAAAUACUUAAAACCUAUUAUCAGCCGUUCCUUGGUAGGCUUUCAAAAUCUCGAUAUUACCACGCAAUUGUUGUUCUUUAUUCUCCAUCUGCAAGUAGCCGAAACUGUGGUAACUGACAGUGCAAAUAAAGUGUAAAUGUUUAAAACUGUGAAACUGUGUUAUUUAUGACCUUUUUUCAACAAAAAAAAUAAGAAAAAAUAAUGAUGAUAUAUAUGAUAAUACGCCAGUUUCGUGUGUCUGUAACAGGCAAAGGGGAUGUGUUGUUUUUUCUAGAGAAACAGCCGCGGUAACCUAUCACUUUUGCUAAACUUUUAUUUUUAUUCUGUUUUUUAUGUGCUUUCCAAAUUGAUUUAAAUUUUUAUUACACAAAAGUCACGGGUAAUUAAUUUUUCUUAAGCACGUGCCUAUUGUGUACUGAAGUGAAAAACAUAUUGGUUUUAUUUAUUCUGUUUAAAACAUUCUUUAAGAUCAUUUCAGCUUUUAACGAACAAGGUCUUAAAUCGCUUAGGUAUGUUUGUGAGGAACUCUUAGUUCGUUUCCUUGUUCUUAAUUGAUACAGUAUGCCACAAAAGUAUUAGCAUAAAUGAAUGACUUGUUGUUAGUUAGCUUUUGUAUUUGUGUACUGUGUCCGUUUUGUUUUUUACUUUUAUUAUAAGAAUAAUUAGUAAAUUGA